AUGUUUACUACUGACGAUACAAACGAAUGUACGAGCGACAAUGGAGGCUGCAGCCAUAACUGUGUAAACACAGAUGGAAGCUACUACUGCACCUGCCGUACAGGCUAUCGUCUGUCAGGAAGUCAGUCGUGUACUGAUAUAAACGAAUGUAGCAGCGGUAACGGGGGCUGUGAUCAUCAGUGCCAUGAUACUUCCGGAUCCUUCUACUGCACGUGCAACACCGGAUAUUCCUUCUAUGGAAGCACAAGAUGUAUUGAUAUUGAUGAGUGCUCGAGGAAUACCGACGGAUGCUCCCACAUCUGUGACAACACGGUGGGCAGCUACACGUGCCGCUGUAGACCUGGGUACUCACUACAGUCCGACAGGCACUCCUGCAGGGACAUAGACGAAUGUUCCUCUGACAACGGAGGCUGUGAGCACACCUGUAGAAACAGUGCCGGGAGCUACAGUUGUGACUGCGACAUCGGAUUUCGCCUGAACUCGAACGAUCAUUCCUGUGACGACAUCGACGAAUGUGAAGAGGACAUCCAUGGCUGUGACCACAUCUGUACCAACACCAGGGGCAGCUUCGUCUGUUCCUGCCGACCCGGCUACUCUUUGAUGUCUGACGGACGCCUGUGCCAAGACAUAAAUGAAUGCGAGCCAGGUGGUUUCCAUGCAUGCGCACAAAACUGCCACAACGAGGUGGGAAGCUACACCUGUUCCUGUCAUGUGGGAUACCGACUGGGGACAGAUGGUCGAGCAUGUAACGAUAUCGACGAGUGCAGUGAGCAGUCGUCAGGGUGCGAACACACCUGCUUCAACUCCGUCGGCAGUUACUACUGUGGCUGUCACAGCGGAUGGCACCUCGCAUGGGACCAGCACACAUGUCUAGGCAACCCAUGCGUGGACAUCGGAAUUCCGCAGAAUGGCGGGCGAGUCUGCACCGGUUUUGUCACAAACGAGACGUGUUCGUUUGAGUGCCAUCCCGGAUACUACAUGACCGGGUCGAUGGAACGACAUUGCCUACCUUCCGCACAAUGGUCAGGGGAGCAGCCGCAGUGCCCACCCAAGUUGUGCGACAGACUACAGCCUCCUGAGAACGGUUACAUCAGGAUGCCUUGCCGGAGGGAGUACACCUCGCGAUGCACGAUGGGAUGCAAUGCCGGCUACUACCAGUCCGACGGCACUGACGCUUACAAAGACUGCGUACUACAAGACAGUGGGGUGGGAUGGAGCGACAACCCCUUCAACUGUUCACUUAUCACAGCCUGUGAACCAAACCCAUGUCUCCACGGAGGACGAUGCACCCCGCUAGACUCCGUUCAAUAUUCAUGUGAUUGUACAGGCACUGGCUACAAGGGUGACAGAUGUCAAACCGGUUUCAUAACAUUUCCCGAAAAGGGGUACCCAAUUUUGUACCGGUACGAAUGGUCUGAAGCGUUUGAGAUCCUUGCAAACCCAACGAAAGAACUGGUCCUCUCUCUGUAUGGAAAUGGUUUGGAGUUCGAGCCAUCGACAAUAGUCUUUUCGUAUCCAGAUUCUGCAGCUGAAGUCAGGGUGAUGGGAAGGGUGUCUGGCUUGAUACCGAUAGAGUACAGCAUUUCAGGUGAAAGUGCAGCAGAGUUUGAGGUACCAGACGUCGCGCUUUUAUCAGUGAACAAUCGAAAUCACCCAUUCGGACCCAGGCUGCCUCAACGAUACGCAGCUGGCGAUGACAACCUCCUUCCUGCGGGAUGUAACGUGUUGGAUCUGGUAAACGCUCCCUGUGAAAAUGUUAGCUUGCUGUCCACAUCCCCUUGGCAUGAAGAUCCCGUGAACGUCUUCCUUAGCUUUUCCACCGGCCUCAUACAUUUGCAAACCAAUAAUAUCACACUGCCGUUUUCACUGACUGGCACUACGAUUAAAACGGAUACAAAAAUUACUUCAUUGCCUCUGAAAGAAGCUUUCUUCACAUACAUGGACAACCAUUCCACGGAUGAUGGUUCAGGCGUAUGUCUGGAUUCACAAUUCCCGGCUGCACUUCUGAAAACACUUACAGAAGCGUCCGCUUUCUUUAAUUCAUAUGUAAAAUCCGUGAACAGUCUCCUUCCAGGCUGGGUUCGCCUUGGUUCCAGUACAGAGCCACAGCAGUGGCUGAUGAGUGGCUUCUCUCAUCUGGCCACUGUUUAUUCCAUUGACGAAGCAUCUUGUGGAAACCUCCCUUUCCCAUCUGAUAGUCUUGUCCAUGUACUGCGUAUCUCUUCAAACGUCACCUUUAAUGUUCUUGGAGAGCUUAAGACAACGACCGUUGUCGAUGGUAACAUUUGUCUCGUCGUCGACCUUUGCUCCAAGUCCUUUGCGAUCACCUUCCCAUUCUCCAGUGGAGAUGGCGUCAUCCGAGUGCUUUCUGAGAAACUUGGUCUGUCUGAAUGGGACUUUUCCCUGAGAGGAUUUGGCAUGUCACCCUCGUCUAGUCUGUACAAUCCUGAAUUUGACGCGGUCUUCUGGGAUGACCAAGGAACAUCUCAUCAGAAGUCUGUAUCAGGGGACAUCUGGUUAGAUUCCAGCUUCCAAUUUACUGUGGCAUCAGCGAACAUGAUAGCAACAGCCAACGUACAUGUGGACGGAAGUUUGUUCAUCCAGUCAACAGGCAUGGAAAAGGUCUUCAGCCAUUUCCUCUCCAGAGGACUUCUGGCUACAGGAAAACCACACAUGUCAAUGACGCUUGGACUGGACUACGGGGAAACGACGAUGAAAUUCAGCUUCCCGAAUGAAGAAACAUGGCUCUACAUUUCUACAGAGGGUGCCGACAACAGCAUUGUCAAGAUUCAGUUCAAUCGGAUGACCAGUCAAAGCCCAUUUGCUGACACUGUGCUGAACACCGUCUUUGCCAUAAGUAGCAAAGUGACAUGGACACUAGCCGACGAAACAAUAUCCACAAAUGCAAAAGUAGAUUUUCAGAUCUUUGGGGAAAAGAAGAAGCUGACACUUUGGACCGACAACAAAAUUGCUCACGUGCAGGGGGAUGUUUUCGUUGACCAGUUUCCCAUCCACUUAGCUGGACAUUGCGACACGGGAAGAGCCUUACGGUGGAAUAUCACAGCCUCGUUUCUUCACGACGCAGAUGGCCUUCCCCGUCAUGUGGAAGAUCGGCUGGAAUCCUAUCUCUCGGAAAUUUUGGAUAAGUCGGUCACCCGCUAUAAACUAGCACAGAAGUCGGUCGAAAAUCUUGAACAACUCUUUUCCGAGGUGAAUGCAGAACUUGACAAUUCGAACCAACGCCUUCAAAGCAUCGAAGAGCAGUAUGCCACAGCUUUGGCCGAAUUACAAGACAGUGAGAACACACUAGAGGAACUAGAGCGCGAUUUUGAGAGUGGGAGCAGUGACAUAGAAGACCACCUGAACGCACUCGACGCUCUGUGUGAACUGCAAAUCUGCCCUGCUAUACAGACACCGGGCAUCAAGUGCAGUUCAUGUACAAAACCAUUAUCUCGCAAGAUACCCACGGAAUGUUGCACACCAUGCUACAAUACUCGCCGAGUGAUCGAACGGUACGAGUAUCAAACGACAUGUUUUGAUUGGAGCGAAACGUGUACAGGGACACACUAUUCUCGAUGCAGUUUUUGGGGAAUCGGUGGGUGUAGUUAUGGUACCAUAUGGAAAUGUACCGCCAAAACUAACAUAUACGCCUGCAGUGAGAAAUGUGACAAGGCCGUCACCUACUAUGACGAAGCGGAAUGCUGUAAGACAUGCUAUGACAUGGAAACGGGAUACGUUCAGACAAAAUGCUGUAAAGAGGUCCCGGACUGGACGGUAACACAAGAUCCAACAUGCCUCAGUGAGAACGAUGUCUGUAGGUCAGUGCGAAACACGAUAUUUUCACGCUAUGAACAAUCCUGGGGAGAUGUGACGGCAAAACUUGCACAGUUACAGUCUGCAAGAUCACGUCGAACCACAAAUGAAAUAAACCUUGAAAGUCUGCGUGUGCAAUUAGAUGCACAGCGCCUAUAUGCCAAAGAACGAGAGGCACUAUCCGAGCGUUAUCUCUUGUCUCUACAUGAAGCGAAGCUAACGCUGGAGUCCGUAAAGAACACAUUAAGUGACUCGUUUAAACUCCGCAGCCUAUUUGACGGUACAUUUAUGACAGGUCUGCAGAUAGUGAACGUGUCCUUAGCGAUGAUGCUGACAAGCAACAACUCCAGAAUCAUACCCUUAAAGGUAGUUGUUCAACAUGAUUCUCUUCUGCAAGAAGUUGGAAUCGUUCUUGACCUUGAUUCCAUCGAUACAUCUCUGACUGUUGGAGUAAAGAAAAUAGGCAGGACCAUUUUCGGUAACAUCGAUGCUGCACUCCACGCCCUCUCUAUGUUUCCCGGAAAUGAAGCAAGGAGAAGAAAGCGUUCUACGACAGAAGAAACCACUGGCUCGUGUCACGUAUUUCAUGAAAUCUCUACUUACGUCACUGAAAUAUUCACCCUGAUUCAGGACUUUGAGAGCGAACAGCUUCGCAUGAAACGCUUGUUCAGGGAAUCCGAACAGCACCUGCUGGCACUGAAACAGAACCUCAUCUCAAAUAAGGGACCGCCGGAGAGUGCAUACAACAAAACAAUUCUGGUCGAUUAUUUCAACAUAACAAUUGACCCUAUCAAAGACAUGGAAAACAUCAGUGAUGAGGCACACGCAACUCUCAACUUGAUCGAGACAAUUUCCCUGCUUAACAGAAACAAUGAGGACUCAUCAACGGGGACUGUGGCAGAGAACCGUCUGUACGUUUCAUACGAAGAGAUAACUCACAAUGCCUCCUACUUCGACGUCUGUUUUGGCUUCCGCGACUGCAUACUUCAGGUUAUAGAGGACUACUACAAUCUUCUGUACCCAACACAAGAAACCGAAGUCAUUGCGCUUGAGGGCACUAUUCUGGAGGUUAAGGAUAGCCUCGUAUUGUUAUUGAACGAGACCAGUUUGAACAGAAGUGGCAUCUACAUGAAUCUACAGAAUCUUAUGGCCUGUAUCAACACCACACGCGUUGAACACUGGCUCUGUGGCACUGCCCCAACUAUUCAACAUCAACCACCGCUGACAAACGAAGUGCUGAAGGGCCAUGACCUGAUGCUUGAAUGCAACGUCACCGGUGUCCCUGACCCCAAAUAUGAAUGGAUCAAAGACAGUAAAACAAAAGUUGGUCACUCCGCGGUGCUGAUGCUGGAACACGUACAUGAAGACGCUGAAGGAGAAUAUGCAUGCAGUGCCUCUAACAGGUUUGGCUCAUCAUCAAGUCUGCCUAUUCAAGUGAUCGUCACAUCUAAACCACAGAUCACCCAGCACCCGGUGUCUCAGGAACUCGCUCUGGGAAGUGAAGUAGGAACCACAAUGAACUGCAGUGCAACAGGCACACCAACACCUUUGACUCGCUGGUUCUUUCGAAGAGACACAUCGUCAGAUUGGGUUCAGCUCAACAACGGGACAGCAUCAGGGUAUAUUCUGAUACUCCACCCAACGUGGCAAGACGAAGGAUGGUACGCCUGCAGGGCGGAAAACGAACACGGACAAACUAUGAGUGAAGCGGCCUUUCUAAUGAUACUUGAUAUCACAGUGGCGGUGCCUACUGUGAACAUAACCUUUCAGGUCACUGAACACAAAGAGAGCAACGAUAUGCGGCUGCCACGGGUCAAACGCGAAGACCUCUCCUUUUCAACACAAAUACCAUCUAUUGUUGCACAAAUUGGAUCGACCGCAAGCAUGCCUACCGUUCCACCAGAAGUAAACAUUAUCUCCACGCCAGAUGUAAACGCUGGGCAUGGCAUGGAUUUUGACAGUAUCGUGAGCGUUCUUGAGGACAUAACCGGUCUCGGCAGCGUUUCAGAACUGUUUCUAAUCCAAGACGUUGCUAACAAAGGCUACACACGUCUUCAGGUCACAUUAACUGGCAAGAACUUGACCAAUGGAACAGAUUAUCCUCGCGUGUACCCUCAUUACGCAAAGCAAAUGACAAACGAACUAGAUGAAUUCCAAAGUAAGAUAUCUGAACUCGAACAGACGACAAAGGAAGAGAAUCUUAGCGCAGUGUAUGGUGGUCAGAAUGUAACAUUUGACCCUGACGUGUUCGAGGUCGUCCAUACCGAAUUCCUGUGUCCGCCUGGACAAGGGCUGGACGAAAACGGAUAUAUUUGCGGUGAGUAG